AUGAGCGAAGUUCAGAACACCGAAGCCCCCGGUGGCAGCAGCGCUGAUCGCAUGGUUGGCAUGGAGCAUGCCGAAGUUCGCUACUUCACUAGCUAUGACCACCACGGUAUCCACGAAGAGAUGCUUAAAGAUGAAGUCCGUACCAAAUCCUACCGCGAUUCUAUCUACCAGAAUGGUCACAUCUUCAAGGACAAGGUCGUCCUUGACGUUGGAUGCGGUACCGGUAUCCUCAGCAUGUUCGCUGCUCGUGCUGGUGCUAAGCACGUUAUCGGUGUGGACAUGUCCUCCAUCAUCGAGAAGGCCAAGGAGAUUGUCGCCGUGAACGGUCUCUCCGACAAGAUUACUCUCUUGCAGGGAAAGAUGGAGGAAGUCGUUCUUCCUUUCCCCAACGUUGAUAUUAUCAUCUCAGAAUGGAUGGGCUACUUCUUGCUCUAUGAGUCCAUGUUGGACACUGUCCUCUACGCUCGCGACAAGUACCUCAACAAGGGUGGUUUGAUCUUCCCUGACAAGGCCACUAUGUACGUCGCUGCCAUUGAGGAUGGCGACUACAAGGAUGACAAGAUCGGAUUCUGGGACAACGUGUAUGGCUUCGAUUACAGCCCGAUGAAGAGCGCUGCUCUGACCGAGCCUCUGGUCGACACUGUUGAAAUGAAGGCUCUUGUUACUGAUCCUUGCCCGAUUAUCACCUUCGAUCUGAACACUGUUACCACUGCCGAUCUCGCUUUCGCAGUGCCAUACACCCUGACUGCUCAGCGCAGUGAUUUCAUCCACGCUGUGAUCGCUUGGUUCGAUAUCGAUUUCAGCGCUUGCCACAAGGUCGUCAACUUCUCCACCGGCCCUCACGCCAAGUACACCCACUGGAAGCAGACCGUCUUCUACCUCCCCGAUGUGCUCACCAUCGAGGAUGGAGAGAAGGUUACCGGUGUCAUUUCAAACCGCCCCAACAACAAGAACAAGCGCGACCUGGACAUUGAUAUCUCGUACCAGUUUGAGGCCAGUGACUCCAAUCGCGCUGCCAAGGGCAAAUGCUCUUACCGCAUGUGCUGA